CACUUAUUUUAUUAGUGAAAAACAUUGAUAAAAAAACUAACAGAAACAAUUUUUUUGGAGUCCGACUCCGCCAAACCUCGAGUUAAUUUGGAAAUUUGAAAAAAUGGCGGCUUCCAUGGCUGGACAUCAAAUUCUGUCACAAUUUCAAAAUGUGAACUCUGUAAGACCUUUAAACCAGAGAUGCAUGGAAUUGGAAAAACUGAUAAAGAACACAAGUACUAAGGAGCUGAAAAAUGUCUUGCCCUGCAUGUUAGAGAGCAUAUUUGGCUAUGGUCAAGGACCAGGAUGGGGAUUGGACUCGAUAAGCAGGGCGUCCACCCCACAGGACUUUGACAGUGUUAGAAGAUUGCUGGCUCCAGAAGGGCCUGUGCUGUCUCUAGUAUACUCAUUGAUGGCGGACUCAUUGUAUGAAUUCCCUAUCAACAGCAUUCCAUCUCCUACACAGCAUUUGAUUGAAGAUGGAGGAUUGCCUAUAUUCUAUGCCAACAAACUUCAGUAUCAUACUUUUGGUCGACCAAUCAUUGUUCUAAAUGCCUAUGAGCUGUAUAUGUUUCACCUAGCCUACCACUUAGUCAACACCAGGGCUCAGAGUAGCAACUAUAACUGGAGCAACAUCACUGACACCCUUUACCCUGUUCUUGUUGAUGAUUACUUGAACUACUUCUUACCACUGAACAAGGACAGUCUACCUAAGAUGCCCACAGUCCAAGCACCUGUUCGGAGUCCAGUGGUGCACUCUCCAGUAGCUGGAAAGUCCUUCAACAUGCCUACAUCCCCACCCUCCCCUCAGCGACCCAGCCUCCUCAAGUCCAGCUUUGUCUCUGCCCAGAAGCAGCACGCCCAGACUGCAGUCAUCAGCCAAGGGGACACAACUGAGAUUUAUCGCUCAGAUACACUGAUACAAGUGUUUGCUGAGUUUUGGCUGAACCAGAACCCCAUCAGCCUGGACAGACCGUCCUUCUCCCACACUGCCUCUCCCCUGUAUAUCGGGAGUGCACAUGGAGGACUGUACUGGUUUGAGAAUUUUAUGCCAAGUACAAAUCAUGUUCGGCUAGUGAGGCUCUUGGUGAAACACAUUCACAACUUUGUCAACACUGCAAAACCAGAGGUGAUCUCUUCUCCCUACCAAAGCCACAUCACUUCAACCCUGGAUGAGUUCAAAAAGUCUCUGAUCCCACAUGUGAUACAGAAGAAGCUGUACACCUUUCUCCGCCAUGGAUUUGAUAGAUGGCCACUGGACUGCUCCUUCCGAUUGCUGCUGGAAACCUGGCUGACCUACAUACAACCAUGGCGGUACAUUUACAGCAAGUCUCAGUCAGGACGAAGAGACAGUGAUGGAGGGGACACUAAAACGGUGGAGGAGAAAUGGUUUCCGUUCGUGGAGGAUAACCUGCUGUUUUACACAGUGUUGUACCAGGAGUUUACACAGAGAGUGUUCAGAAUGGACCUAACUACCCAGUUUAAUGCAUGCAUGCUCUACAGGGCAAACAAGGUGUAUAGUCUUCCAAACCUGUCAAACAUGGUAUUCAGAGCUGAGAGGGAUAUGUGCAAUGCAAUCCAGAUGGGACGAUCUGGUGGUCAUGACUUGGGAGGUAGCUACAUCUCCCCCGAGGCCAGUCUGUCCCUCCACACACAGAUAUCGGAGCUGGAAAAACCAGGCUUCCAGUACUGCAGGAUGUACAGCGAGGACAUGAUUCAGAUGAUGAAAGCAAUUAUACGACAUAUUGAGAUUGCUAAACAGACCCUUUCAGCCCAAGAAGAGUCUCUGAAAAGAUCCAGGAAAUCAGGAGUGACGGCCAUAUUUGAUCUGUCCUCUUGGUUUCAGGAUGACAGCAACAUGGGGGACUUGUCACCUUCUGAAGUUAAAAAACUUCACUCCUACUUGGAUACAGCAGCUGCCAACAUAUGCUACAUAUUUGAAAUUGAGUCUCCAUCAUUUGUGGUGAGAAACGUGUCCUCUGUGACUGCAUUUGAGCAGACGUCGUUUUUAGAGAACUCUUUUGUGUCGGAUACGAUCCCCGACUGUUUGGAUACUGAUGAAGGCUUCACACUGACUCCUCUUGGCAGACACCAGUUGAUGAAUAAGAUGAGAAAGUUUGAUGUCCUGUAUCAAGGCGACCCAGAUUUACAACCAAUUAGAAGUUUUGAAAAUGGCACACUAGUUCGACUUUUACAUCACUUCUGUAACUUUGUCAAUACACAGUAUGGUCCAGCUAUUCAGAACCUCUGUGAUAGGAAUGAUCUGAUUGGACGAAUGGCUCAGGUGUAUUUUGCUCCUCCUCUUCCAAAGAGCAGCAAGCUGAGUUCUCCAAUGUCCUCUGCACAGAGACAAACGUUACAGAGACCAAGACUAAGUCUACGCAUCCUGGCCAGUUACCGGACUCUGGUGUACCUGGGACUUUUCUACCUGGUUCUGAUCCUGUGGUGGGGGGUGGGGCCGGUGGGAUUUGUUUUUUGUGUGAUUGGACUAGUUUUGUUGUACGGAUUUCUGUCAGCCAUGACUCACAGAUCCAGUGUCAAAAUGAGUUAAGAUGGAAGAUGACUGUUUCAAGGCAUUUAAAUAAAUGAGUUUAAUAAAGAAUGAAAUGAUUAUGAAAUGUUCAGCAGUUAAACUGCAAUUAUAGUUUAUUUAUUUAUGAUAUCAUCAACACAAAUGUUUUCAAAGGAUACAGAUAUCAGCUUACAAUGCACGCCUUGAGUAACCAUUACCAUUCUCUGUUUCUUUGUCAAUAAAUGAAUAUCAGAACAUCACUGCUUCUAAUUGUCUAAAUUUGAUAAAAAUUAAUGGUCAAGACCAAUAUUUUGAAUACAAAUUUUCACAUUAUAUAUAUCUGGAAUUUAAUAUUUGACAAUAAAGUAUUCUUUUUUAAUAUGACAAUUGCAUGCUGUUAAUAUGGAAAGAAUUCUCAUCAUGAACAGUGUUUACUAUUUGCAGAUUUCAAUAGUUUUGUUAAUGGAUUUUAUAACACAAUGGUUUGGAAUAGAGAGCACCAUGUUUUUAUGAACAUUUCAGAUGUAUUACAGACAGGGAAACAUUUUACAAUAAUGAUUGACACCUGGAUUUUACAUUUUACAGUAAUCAAUGAAGACCUGGAUAGUUUUAUUACCCUUAGAUAGUGAAAGACUGAAUUGUGAAAAAAAAAUGUGAAAGUUUGGCUUGAUCAUUUGUGAUUCGAUAUAUGGCGUCAAUUUAGACAUCACUUGUUCUGGUUCAGCGGCUGGCCUUCUAGCUUGGAAUCUGCAAAUUGAGUCAAGAAGUCUCUUUCAAAUAAUCUUAAGACUUUGUGUCUAUAUGUUUUGUUGCUUGUAUGCAAAGAUAAUUAUAUAAAGAUAUGAAAUCUGUUAUUGUUUAUUUUAAGAAAACAAUUUAACAAUUAACGAAACUGAAUAAGAGAAAAAUAUGUUCUGUGUAUUCUGAAUAUCCAUGCAUACAUUAAUGCAAAACGAUCCAGCCAAUGAAAACAGUCAACAUUUAUAAAAUGUAAAUAUAACAAUUGACCUUAUUUUAUAUCAUUGAGGUUAAAUAAAAAUUUGAAUUU